UCCAAUGAAAAGCGCCGACGCCGCCGCCUCCACCUCCAGUAGCUGAAAAACGGUUUCUCGUUGCAUUUUGGAUCCAGUCAGCAAUGAGAGUAAGGCCUUAAGGUCAGCAGGUCACGUAUGCGCUGCAACCUUAUCAAUAACGUGGGAAACUCGAGCGAGAGAACAGUUGCUACAACGAAUUUCCUGUGAACCCAGCAUGGCACACAACGACAGAUCGAAAUCAAAGCAAAAAAAAUUGCCUCUACCAAACUCUGGUUCUCUGAGUCCACGUCAUUUGCGAAAUGUGACUGUAAGAAGGAAUAGAAGCACCACACAAUCUCAGCCGACAGAAGAGGAAGAAAUUGAUGCUCAGCUUGAAGCAAUGGGGUUGGAUACAAGUGACCUGGAAAGCUUAGAUGAAAAGAAAAAUAUGCUGAAAGCUUUGAAGAACUCAACCACUGAAGGUUCCCUGCAGAAUGAAAGUGUGCUGUCUGAAACUGAUCCAUUUGAAACUUCUUCGUUCGAAACAGCUUGCGGGUCUUCUAAUGCCUCAAAUAUUGAUGAAGAGAUUACCGUCAAAGAUGAGCAAAAAGAACUUGUUUACAGUCGUAAGCAAAGGCUGCAGAAGAUUGAGGAGGAGAUCUUUGAGCACAUGCGUAAUUGGACACGUGCAGAUCAAGAAGAUUACGAAAAAUUGAUGUCAAACAAGGUUUUUACUUUCGAGUCCUACUCUGAUGAUGAUGAAGACCUUACAUUUGAGAGAAAGAAGAGAGUGGAUGAAAAUAGUUUCACAUGGUACUACACCAAAGAAUCUGGAUUAACAAAGAUGCAGCAUCAUGAGAAAGUUGCAAAUAAAAUGGAGAAAUUGUCUUUGAUGGCUAUGCAGAAGGAUGUCGACAGUGAAUUACAAGAAAAAGAUGACACCAAUUGGGAUUGGGGUUUGCAAGAUGCUGUCAAUGUUCCAUACAGGAAAGUGGUUGAAUUCAACAAGCGCCAAGAAUUGCUCAACAAAUUAGAGGGAACAAGCACAAGUUCAAACUGGAUUGGAGGCAUAGGAGCAAUGGGAUCAAAGAUAAUCAAUAAGUUCUCAGGGCGAGACCCCAAGAAACCCUCAUUCCCAUCCCAUCCUGAUGCCUUGGAUAGCAACGAUGAUGAUGAUGAUGACAUUUUUCAAGAGUCCAAUCACAAUACAUUCCUAGAUGGCAAGAACAAGGCCGGUAGAGGAAGAGGAGCCAAGUCAGCCAAGCGAGGUGCUAAGAGCUAUGCAGGGACUCCUUCAAAGCCCCAAACAUCUGGAACGGUACGGAAGCAAGCAACUACAGUGCGAAGCACAAAGGACGAAUCCAAGAAACACGCCUCUAGUGACCCUCAGGCUACUUUGGAUGUUGAUGCCGACAAGGAGCAACAAAUUGAGUUGAAAAAAUGCCCUACAUGCGGGGUCACCAUUCCUGAAAAUGUCCUUGAAAGUACUCAUCGUGAGAAAUGCUCCCAAAAAUCCAAAAACCUGGGAUUGAACAAAGAAGAUGUGAUGAAACAGUUGGUUGAAGAUUGGGAGAGUGAUGAUGAUGAUACCAUACUAAACGCAGAUAUUACAAGGGGUGUAAAGAGAGGGCCGGAAACCGAAGGUGCUAAUGAAUUCAAGGAAACUGAUGAAUCAAACGUGGAGAGCUGCCAUGCUACAAAGAGGAGCCGCCAAAAUCUAAAUUAAAAAUAUAACACAUAGCUAUAGGUGAUGUGCUCUCAACUUAAAUGAUCAAAGGAGAUGCAAUCCAACAAAAGAAAUUAUAUUUCAAACCAACAAGCGUGGCAUUGUUAUAUUUCUUGGAUAUUCAAAAAGCCCAAAAAUAAUUUUGUGUUACUCAUAAAUAUUCCUAUUUCCACAUUGAAAAGCACAAAAAAAAUUACAAUAAUUAGAGUUUUAAUCGGUUCUAAUGUACAUUGUGUAUUGAAAUUGAGCUCCCACAAGAAAUUAAAAAUUUUCUUAUUAAUAGUGGAUGUCAAUUGAAAUUUGGUUACAUGCUCAAGUCCGAAAUACAAGUAUUUUUCUUACAAAUUUUCCAAACAUUUCUUUU